ACACCUGAUUAAAUACAGGCAUUCCACAGCAAAAUGCUAGGUUAGCAAUCCAUUAAAUAAUGGCUUUGGUAAGCAAUUAUGCCAAGAUCCACCAUCAGACUAAAUUGGACUGCUGGUUCUUGUUGCCAAUUGCUGGAACAUAAUGAUGCAAUGGCCCAUCUCAAGGACAGUAGACACAUAAAACAAUGUACUAAACAUGAGACGACUUUAGGAUUCCAAUCUCUAUGUUUGUGCUUAAAAAAUCUCAAGGCAUAGCAGACAACAUGUGGGAGAUGUAAUUGCAUGAUUCUUCGUGUCUACCAAUCAAAUGCUACUGCUUCUACAUUUCUGUAUAAAUAGGCCUCAGCAGAGCAGUAGACGCAUCAAACAAAUAAGUGUUCCUUUCUUCAACUCUUCAUCAACCACAAUAUAUACUGAGAAAAGCUUCAAGCUCAGAUAUGGCUUUCCACCAAAGAUCGAUAAGUUUGCCUUCUAGGCCUCACGUCAGUGAGACCCAAGUCGAGCAAGAGCUUCACAGCCUAGAAGCAAGCAUCUCUUCCUCCAAUUCCAUCAGCAUGAUGUGCGAUGGUCUCAGGAGUCUUGCAAACAUCUAUGAUGGUCUUGAAGAGAUUAUUUGCCUACCAAGCCACCAUGUUUUCUCCUCCCAGCAGAGGAACAUGUUGGAUGGAGAAAUGGAAGGUUCUCUUGAGCUGCUAGAUCUCUGCAGCGUCAUGCAAGAGAUCUUCGCCGAGAUGAAGGCCAUCAUCCAAGAGCUGCAAGUGGCUCUAAGGAAAGGGGAUGAUGCAGCUACUCAAGCCAAGAUCCAGUCUUACACCCGCUUGGCGAAGAAGGCCAAGAAUCAUUUCAAGAAGACCGCGAAGAAGACUUCUGUAGAUUGCAGGAUGGUCAUGCUCUUGGCCAAGGCCAGGGAGAUCUCUGUCUCUCUGCUGGAGUCCACACUCCGUCUCUUGUCGAAGCAAAUUGAAAUGCCUAAACAGUCUCUUGUUUCCAAGGCAUUUCACAAAAAGAAGUCAGUUUCCUGCAAGGAAGAGCAAUUGUCGGAGUUAGAGUGCAGUAUCGUAGAUCUUGAGAUCGGAGCAGGACAUCUGUUCAGGAAGUUAGUCCAGAGCAGAGUUUCUCUACUCAACGUCCUUAGCUCAUAGAUACUCCCAAGUCACUCUUGACGACCUCCAAUUGGCAUCCGCCUUUUAAGGAAUAGCUGAUCUUCAUGCAAUUUUCCCAUAUGUAUACACUAUACUGUAUAAAUGUACAUGAUACUAUAGAAACAGAAAGAGAAACCAAAGUUUUGAUCCAUCAUCCUUGAAGAUGUGUUUGUGAUCCCAGUAUAGCUUAUUUUUAUGCCCAUGGUUAUUGGAUCUUGUUCCUUAUGUAUGGAACAUGCCAAACCAAAGUCACAUGGUUCCAACCUGCAUUUAACAGAAUCACUCCAACCUGUAUUUAACAGAAUCAUUCAGUUUUAUUAUCCAGAUUCUCCACCACUACCACAUGGUUGUGCAGUCUGGCACUACAAUUGAAUAUAUUUCUUGUUUCAUACAACAGAGUCCGAAUUAGUGCACUCAAAUUUUAACAUCUAUGACAUCUAUAUCAUUCAAGCAUUGAAGGCGACAAAAUAACAAAAACAUUUACUUUAAUACCACAACUUUUUGCAUGCUCUACGUAUUAACAAUAAUCCGAGCAAGACCUGAUCUAAACUUGCCAGUGCACAAACCCUUUGUUUAUUUCAAUAAAAUGAUUGCCAGUGCACAAACCUUUUGUUUGUUUCAAUAAAAUGAUUCUCAAUACACAAACAACAAUCGAUGCUUUACAUGCUUAUUUCAAACUUUACCAAAAGAAAGAAGAUGCUGAUUCCGGAGUAUCAGUAGUAUGACUAAAGAGGUAAUAAGAUUGUACAAAAAAAUUGCAAAAAAUAGGGUGGCCACGGGCACACAUCAAAAAUCUUAUUUCAGUAAUGGUUAGAUAUGAAAUGGUCAUGCUACUCACACGGUUGGUGGCUGGAAGCCUCAAUCUGAAAAAAUGGGGAUAAUAUGCUGAACCCCUAACAUGGAUCCACUACCGGAAUCAGGGGCUACCAUGGCCUAAACAUGCCAGCUCCGACCUCGAGGCUUUGACCUGUGAUUUGCAAAGGUGCCCACCAAGGAAAACACGUUAUUAAAUACAGGUAUGUCACAGCUAAAUGCUAGGUUAGCAACCCAUUAAAUAAUGGCCUGAGCAUGCAAGAAAGAUCCACCAUCAGACGAAACUGCGGUGCUGGUUCUUGCUGCCAAUUGUUUGGAUAGUAGCACAAAACAAUGUACUAAACACGAGACGACUUUAGUGUUGCGAUCUCUAUGCGUCUGGCAAAUCUCAAGGCAUAGCAGACAGCAUCUGGGAGAUGUAAUGGCGUGCUUCUUCAUGUCUACCAAUCAAAUGCUACUUCAUGUACAUUUAUGUAUAAAUAGGCCUGAGCAGAGCAGUAGACACAUCAAACCAAGAAGUGUUCUUUUCUGCUCCUCCUCUCUUCAACCACAAUACAGAGAAAAGCUUCAAGCUCAGAUAUGGCUUUCCACCAAAGAUCGAUAAGUUUGCCUUCUAGGCCUCAAGUCAAUGAGACCCAAGUCGAGCAAGAGCUCCACAACCUAGAAGCAAGCAUCUCUUCCUCCAAUUCCAUCAGCACUAUGUGCGAUGGUCUCAAGAGUCUUGCAAACAUCUACGAUGGUCUUGAAGAGAUUAUUUGCCUACCAAGCCACCAAGUUUUCUCCUCCCAGCAGAGGAACAUGUUGGAUGGAGAAAUGGAAGGUUCUCUCGAGCUACUAGAUCUCUGCAGCGCCAUGCAAGAGAUCUUCGCCGAGAUGGUGGUCAUCAUCCAAGAGCUGCAAGUGGCUCUAAGACAAGGAGAUGAUGCAGCUGCUCAAGCCAAGAUCCAGUCUUUUACUCGCUUGGCGAAGAAGGCCAGGAAACAUUUCAAGAAGACUGCCAAGAAGGCUGCAUCCAACAAGAUGGUCAUGCUAUUGACCAACGCAAGAGAGAUCUGCAUCUCUCUGCUGGAGUCCACACUCCAUCUCUUGUCGAAGCAAAUUGAAAUGCCGAAGCAGUCUCUUGUCUGCAAGGCAUUUUACAAGAAGAAGGCCGUUGUUUGCGAGGAGCAAUUGCAGGAGUUAGAGUGCAGCAUUGGAGAUCUUCAGAAUGGAGCAGGAAUUCUGUUCAGGAAAUUAGUCCAGAACAGAGUUUCUCUAUUAAACAUUCUUAGCUCAUAAAUACUCCACAUCACUCUAUGCCCUGUGAUUGGCAUCCGUCUUUUUGAGGAUGAGCCAAUCUUGAUAUAGUAUUCCAUGUGUAUAGUAUACAGUGCAAAUGUACAGAAAUUAUAGAAACAAAGACCAAAGCUUUGAUCCA